AGGUGAGUGAGUGAGACUGGGGUGAGAGAGUUGGUGUGAGAGAGUUGGGGUGUGUCAGUGUGUGUAAGUUGUGGAGGAGGAGCGGCGAGCCGAAAGGACAGCGAGGACAGGCAGGAGCUCCACGCUAGCAUGUAGGGUAAAAGGACGAGAAGGGUCUUGGUUCACUCCCCAACCCCCUUUGGUAGGUUUAGUUAUCGAUGUAUAUUGUAUAUUCAUUCGAAAGGCCACCGUUCUGAAUGUGGCCCAACUGGCCCAGUGCAGAGGGGAGUGGUCCUGACCUCAGAUAUGCGAUCCGACAUGUGCAGAUUCUCGCCAUUGAGUUUCUAGCGAGAUUGUACAGGUUCUUUACCCCCUGGGUGUGAUUUUCCGAUCAGUGGAUCAAAGAUACGGGGUUUCCCGCCAUGGAUCAACCGCAGCGUUCUGACCAGUGAAACCUAUCAAAAAGACUGCCAAAGAUGGACGUCUAUGCACUUUUGGGGCUCCACCUACCCUCUUCUUUUUUGGUCAGACAGAUUCUGCUUAUAGAUCAUGAUUUCCCGUGAAAACCAACCGUGAGAUUGUGAGCCAGAUAAGACACACACACGGAUAUGACACGUGCUCAGAUGGACGGAAAAAAGCAUUGGCAGGGGCGCUGGGGUCGGAGAGGGCAGUGUGGAGCAAGUCAUACGGGGUUGGAUCUGAAAGAGGUACAGCAACGCAAAGCUGAUUGAUUUUGGACUAUGUUCAUUUGUCUAGGAAGUACUUUCCAGCAUUGCCUCAAAGGGCAAGCUGAUGGUGUAAGUAAAGACCUUUUUGGCAAGUCACUACAGGCUCAAAGAUCCCGGAUGGAAGAAUUCUCCUGCGGCAGACUUGCCAAUGAACCAACCUUUGCAGCCGCAGCUGAAACAGAUGAACCAGAAGCUGGAGGAUCUUUGCAGGCGUGUCCAAUAUCAGGAGUAUCUUGAGACUGCAAGGUCCUCCUCUCAGAGGCAGCAAGCCUUGCAGCAACCUUGCUUGGAGGAUCAGGUAAAGUGGCAAAGAUCCGAGAUCAAAAAGCUUCAAGAUGCUCACUCCAAACUUCAGGAGGCUCAAUCUGGCAUGACGGUGGAGAUCACAAACCUCAACCGUUGGGCAGGCCAGGUGAAUGCGCAGUUGCACCACCCGGAAGGCUCUAGGGUCAUCCAAAGGCUCCAAGCAGCCUCGGCAGAGCUGGAGGAAAAUCUCCGUGAGUAUCGAAGGAUUGACAGCAACAUCAAAGCUCACAAGGUCGAGAGCCAGCUGGGGGCUUUCAAUCCCGAGACGCUUCUGCAAUUCGUUCGAAACCAGAUAGACCAGAAGAUUGAACCCUGCAGGGACGACGUAAAGGAACUGCAAAAGCAGCUCCACAAGCUUGACGGUCUUGAGCAGCAGACUAAGAAGUGGGUGCCAGUUUCCAUGGAGUCACAACACAACGAGAUGGGGUCGAAGAUCGCUGAGAUGAUGAAGCAGCUUCAAAAAGUGGGUGGUCUGGAGGCGGAUUUGUCCCAGCACAAGGAGCAGCUUCAACGGAUCAGUGGUCUUCAGAUAAGUGUGCCACAGAAAGAGCUGGCAGGAACACUGAGAGGAGAAGUGGAACACUUAGCCACAAAGGUCGCCAAUCUGGAGAAGAGUCUUCAGAGAAGUGUUGAGACACAGAACGCCUUGGUGGCAAAGCAGGCGACUAAGCAGCAGCAAAGGACAGAUAUUCUCGAGAGAAGGAUACACACUCAAGAACAGCAGCUAGGAAGCCUGCAAGCCUCAAUGACAAAACAGACCGAGGAGCAGCCUCAGAGAGUGGAGAGCCUUGAGGCAAAAGCUUCCAUGCUGGAAGAGCAACUUCAAAAGAUCAAUGGUUUUGAGGCUGAUGCAGAAGCCCAGGGAAAGCUGCUGGAAAGGCUGAGUGCCUCAGUGGCAAGUCAGGACGCGAAGCACCUUCAAAAGAUGGAGAGUCUUCAGGCAGAUGUGACCCGGCAGGAAGAGCAGCUUCAAAAGAUCCGUGGUCUUGUGGCAAAUGCAGCAACCCAAGAAGGGCUUCAGCAGCAGCUAGAUGAGGUGAAGAAAACAGCGAGGAAACUUGCCCGAUUGUCCAAUGCUGGAAAAGAUCAGGGAAGUGCUGCAGAGAGCGUUGACCUCAAGAGCAAGUUUGAUGCAUGGAUGCAGAGCAAGCGCUGGCCAAGCCCAAGCCGAGUUGAGAAGUUGGAGCAAGAUCUGCCGAGCCUCCAAGGACUUCAAAGCCGACUCUCGAAGUUGGAAGAUGCCCAAACCGAACCCGUGGAGAAGUGCUUGAUCGUCAUGGCACGCCUCACCGCCGUGGAGACAAUGGUCCGGCAGGAGGUUCUUCCGGAACUUCAACAUCUCAAGACACGGAUUGCCGAUCGCUCCGGACCUCUUUCAGCUUCGGCCGACGGGGGCUCCGGUGGCAGCAGCUCCCCUCGCUUCUUCGCCAUGCCACCACGGCCGAAGGACCCAGUCUCUGAGAGGCGGACUUUGGAUGUGGAGCGACGCCUGCACGCAGCACGGGACGCAACGCCACCGCAGAGCGUGGAGCAGCGCAGCAAGCUGUUGAAGACAGUGCAACUCACGCUGCAUCCUGACAAGGGUGGCACAAAUGAAGCCCAGAUUUGGCUCAAAGAGUGGCUCAAGGAUCACCUCGAGUGGUUCUUCGAGCCGCACCAAGUGCCAGAGAAGCUCAAGAAGCAAUACCAGGCCGACAGUGAGGAAGACUUGAGCGUGGAGGAGGUGGCCCAGAUCCAGGUUUUCCACAGCGACCACUGGCGAAGACACUUGCAACAGGUGAUGCGCGGCAAGGACCCGGCAGCCUACGUGGUCAAGACCCGGGCUGGGAAUCUGAUCCAAUGGGCGGCCGGUGGCGCGGUGGGUGAACUGGAGACAGUCCCUGUGCUCGAGGAUUUUCCACUGGUGCUUGAGGCGUCUUGAACGAUGGUGCCCCGGUGGCGAGAAUCUCGUGCUGAAGUUCUCAAGAACCCUUGAGUCAAGGGACUGAAGCAGCCUGUUCAAGUGUGAUUUUGACACUUUGCUUUGCUCUCUCCAACUGGGCCUGGUCAAGUUGACUCGACUUGGAAUUCGGAUUCUUCUGAGAGUCAAAUCACCUUUCUUUGGAGA